GAAUUGGGGGCAAAAAAGCUGGAAUUUCUUCUUUACUUCACAACCCAGAUAAGAAAAGACCUUCUUACCAGAUUUUGCAACCAACUAAUGGUGAUCGUCUCCAUAUCUACUGUCCAAAUACCAUCUGUGGGGAACGUAUCUCCCUUGACCAAAUCAUCUGUAACGGAUUUGGAUUUGAUUCCUUAGCAAGCGAAUACAAGUUGGUAAGUAUUCUUCGUACUUUUCCGAAGCAGCUUAACUUUGUUGUAUAUACAUUGGGAACUAAAUUUUGGAGAGAAGUCACUACAAGCAUGCCAGUAUCAUACCAUGGUCAUCCUAUUAUCCGACUUAAAGCAGCAACGAGUAGUGACAAAUCCGCAAUCUUUUGUAAUAGUAGUAGUGGAUGUUUAGUUUGGAAGAUAGUGGCAACUAUGGCUAGAGAAGGAGGAGACGAACAUAAUAAUGUUAAUGACAAUAACAAUGAGAUGGAGAUAGAGAUGUUACUACUGUUCAAUCUCCAUGAUGAAAAGUUUCAGUUCAUCCGGCUCCCAACUAAAAGUCCUGCGGAUGAGCAGCAGAAGCAGUUGCUUGUUGAUUAUCCUCAUCUUCUGGAGUUCAAAGGAUAUCCUUGUAUUGCAAGUCUAGAAAAAGGCUUUGGUAAUGGGAGUGAUGAUUAUUGUCAUCGUCGUUGUCGGGAUCAUCACGAUAGUACUAGUUGUUGUAAAGUUCAUAUGUACAUAUUAAAGGAUAAUGUCAAGCAAGUGUGGGUUAAGCAGGAGAGUCUCGAUGUUCGUAUGACUUCUCAUGGCAUGAGCUAUAUUGGUAUUAGGACACUGGAUCCUGCUGUUUUUGCUUUGGCAGCACUACUAUCCCUCGUACUUGUAUCUUCAGUUUCUCUGAUCAGAUUUUACUCUACUGGUUUGCUGGGGAAAAACUUCAAGUUUACCACUUGCAUUCCAAAAAACUUGAUCUUGUAGUCCCCGUGUAUGGAAAUUUAUUUAAAGCUAAGAUGAAAGAAGCCCCGCACAUCCCCGAUGUUGGUGCUGACAAGCUUUGUUACCCUAAUAUGGAUUAUCAGCUGCAUUGUCAAGGGGAGGACUUCCUUUCUAUGCAGACCUUCGUACCAAAGGGAGUGACAAGAGUUGACGAGGAUGGUUUUGACAAAUUAACUUUCAACACAGACGGCGGCUAUACGGCAUAUGUGUUUGUGAACAGUUCAGGUUAUUAUUAUUAUCCUUUUUAAAUUAGUUACUAUAUCGUCUCUAAAUGUACUAGCUUGCUUCAUAAAAAGAACUAAAACGUAGUAGCUUAUUUUGGUUUAUGAUCAGUUUACCAGAUUUAUGUAGUACUUCCAAUGUUUAGUACUUACCAGCAUUCUUUAGUACUUACCAGCAUUAUGACACUGUAACUUUGAUAUAAACAUAUAUUCCUAUGGAUGUUUAUCGUGAA